AUGGCCAGAGUAAGUAGUACCUGUACUUUCUUAGUCAUUUUAGCGUUUCUGUAUGUAGUACAUGGAAACCAGCAGAUGAAGUUUUCGUUGCCAAUUGUAGAAUCGAAUAAGGCUGAUCAGUACUUCUGUUUUGCAAGAAAGUUGGACGAAUUUGACAAUAUCAAUGUCGACGGUAUAGAGUUAAAUGUCGACAAAGAAAAUGCGCAUCACGUAUCUCUUUCCGUGUGCAAAGCACCAUCUUCUGAUCAACAAGUAUGGGACUGCUCGUCAGCUCAGGGAAAAGUUUGUCAGGGAAAUGCAGUCAAUCUUGGUGGAUGGGAAGCUCGCAAUAAACACAGUGGGAAAUACAACCUCCCUACAGGUCUGUCUGUUCGUGUUGGAAAGGAAACUUCUAUGCAGUACAUAGUUACACAGGUUCACUUCAAACAUGCCCUAAAAAACACGACCAGUGCUAUAGCAAAUGUCACUCUUCGACUAAAUAAUGAUAGGUCAACACUUAAUUAUCAGACCUACUCCUUUAUCAAUGAGGGUUAUAUUCCAAAGCUAAAAAACAAGGGAUUCUUUGCCGAAUCAGCCUGUCAAUGGACGAAACCUUCCGUUCAGCUUUAUACUUUUACAACACAUACACACGGACAUGGGGUCUUAGUUGAGGGGUUUCUCGUAAGAAAUGGUACCUGGACAGUUUUGGGAAGUCAGCUCAAAAACGGGGAGGAAAAGGUUUCAGCUUCUUACUAG